GAGAAUGAUGAUUGUUAUCAUCGGUAUUUUGUGAGAUUUAUUCCGUAGAUGGGUGAGUAAAUUCAUAUGUGGACAGUCAGUGAUUCGGGAGGAUUGGCUUUCAAGUUGGUUGUGUUGUGGGACUUGGUGGCAUUUUGUGGGAUUUAGUUCAAACUGUGGUUCUUGACAAGACGGCCAUCUUGGAUUACUGAGUGCUUGUGUUGUGAUUCCGGUGGAUUGUCGCAGUAUUCGGAGACACUAAGACAUUUGGAAACAUGGCUUUACAAGCAAACUCGUUUGCUGACACAAUGUUAAGAGAGAGAGUUGUGGCACAGAUAGAGGCAGCUCGCCAAGGUGCGGACCUCGAACCUGGCGCCAACUCAAGUGAAGAGAUGGAAAAUGUCCUGUACUGUAACGCCAAGACUCGGGACGACUAUAUGCAGCUGAUUGCCUCCCUUGUCCUACAUUUAAAUGAGAAGAAGCGGGCUGCUCACCGAGCGAGAAGUUCUGCACCACAGGAAGUUGGUGGCCAGACAAACGAAGGAUCGUCAAGUGAUGGGGCCAGCGCCAGUUAAUAAUCUGGAAUCAGUCACUGAACAAAUAUUUUUUCUUCACCGAUGUCUUUUUCUUGGACCAAGUCAAGAAAGAAGUGAUUUUACAACUCCACAAAGUCAUGAAAUUUGGAAGUGUGUGAUGUAAAUAUGUCUCAUAAUUUGCACACGAUGUCUGAAAGCAGCCAUCCCCACAUGACCUGAAUACAUGUCCUGGCGUUUAAUAUCAUGCAACAUGUAUAUGCUGAAAUAACAUUGUAAUAACAGUAUGUCACUCAUGAUAAUUGAAACUCUCAAAUUAUUUAUAUUUCUUUCAAUGUUCAUGUCCUAUAGUCAAAGCCAAGGAAUGAAAAAAAACAACGUAAUUUCUAUUAAGGGAGACAACUGUGUGUGAACUUUGGGUCAUACAAAACUUACUUUGUUAGACUUUUAGUGACUCUCAAAUAUACAAUAUUGGAGUAUAUCUCAUGUGUUUGUGGUCUAUUAGCAGUGUUAAUAACUUAAGGUAUCCUUUUUACUAGUUAAUUAGAAUUUGAAUGUCAUUUUAAUCAAUGAUUACUUGCCAUUAUUGUUUACAAUGAAUUAUCAUUGUAAUUCAUGUAGAUAGUUGAAGAUCUGAAUUGUUUUUGGUAGCAAUAGCUGAUUAAAUCAAGUGUCAGAAAAGAUCAAAUUUAUAUGCACUCAUGCCACGUUUUUCUGAUCUUGAUUUUUUGUAAACUCCCCGAUCUCAAUCAUGUUCAACCACCUGACGUUGACAAUAUUGAGUCCAUGAUCAUCCACACAGCUUAGCCCAGCGACGGAGUGCCCUUUAAUCCUUUAAUUCCAGAUAAGGGUAAUGCCCCCUUUAAUCAGUGACUCAUUCCAGAUUAAAGGGUAAUGCCCCCUUUAAUCACUGACUCAUUCCAGAUUAAAGGGUAAUUCCCCUUUGUUGAUGGACAAACAGUAAUCAUACGAAACAUGGAAAGAAAAAAUAUAAAAGAUCUUUCCGAAAAAGUAAUUCCUGUUCCUCACAUGCUUUCCAAUGCAUCUUGGGCAUCAUCGGUGUCCUCCCUAUUGGACACCGAGGAUCAUGAACUUGGCAACGGGGCUACCUGGAUGCUGUGUGAAGGAUCUGGAGGAUGCAAUGUAAACCUAUCUUCUCCACACUGUUUGACGUUUGUCUAUCUUUCGGUUCUUGCUUCGGUGCUAUUGUUCAGAUGUAUCCUAUGGAUAUGGUCUGCUUCAUCACUGUACUGGUAGCCUUCCUCGGAAUAAAUUGGUUGAUGUAAUUUA